CCCGCAGAUAGCGACGCAUCGGCAGCUGCGAGAGGAAAGGUUCUAAAGUGUGCACGUAAGUUCUUCCAACCAAUGUCUCAUUGAAAACCUCUUUCUUUCUCUCUUUACCUUUCCUCUCUCUCGAGAGCCGCAAAGUGAGCGAGAUAGGACAGCUAUGGUGGAUUCGAGAAUUAUGGUGUGGACGUCCAUAGCAGGGAUCGCCGGAGCUCUCUGGCUCGUGGCGCUUGUUUACUGGCGAUCAUGGAGGUUCCGGAAGCUGGAGAGGCUCCCCCCUGGAAGCAUGGGAUGGCCUCUCAUUGGGGAGCUCAUUCCUUACGUGACGAUUGCUCGCUCCGAGGCUCCUUACAUCUUCCCAAUGGAGAGGGAAAAGAAGUAUGGGACAGUGUUCAAGACGAGCUUGCUCACGGGCAAGACGAUCAUGAUCACGGACGUGGAGGGCGUCAAGUUUGUGCUCCACAACGAGGGGGUGCUGUUUGAGUCUGGCUACCCUCGGUCGCUCAAGGACGUGCUGGGAGAGCACGCAAUGCUCUUCCAGCACGGCGAGCUCCACAAGAGAAUGCACGCCAUGCUCAAGAGGUUUGUGAGCUCCACGCCUCUCAAGAAGCACCUCACUCGCGAGAUGGAGCUCCUGACCAAGCAAGGGAUGAGUACGUGGAGCAGGGGCACCAAGAUCUUGCUCCAGGACGAAAUCCAGAGGAUCACGCACGACUUUCUGAUGAAGCAGCUGUUUGGCCUGGAACCAGGCAAGCUCUCGGCAACGAUCUUCGAGGAAUUUAACAGGCUCAUGGGGGGUAUAAUUGGAAUCCCAUUGAUGAUACCAGGGACUCCAUACCACCGGGCCAUGAAGGCACGUAAGAAGCUGACCAAGAUCAUAAGUGGCAUGGUAGCGUUCCGGAGAUCUCGGCCCGACAUCGAGCACAAGGACAUCCUCAAUGCCUUGAUCGAGGAGAUUAAGCAAGAGGAGAGAGACGCGGACCAGAUCAUCGUCGACAAUGCCCUCAUCAACAUUGCAAACGCAGAGGGCAUUCCAGCGGUUAUCAUCGCCUUUGCAGUCAAGAAUUUGUCGGAGAAUCCCAAAGCUCUGGAACAGAUCAGAGAGGAAAACCUUGCGAUCCGAAAGGGAAAAGAUCCAAGCGAGGGUCUAACAUGGAAUGAAUACAUGUCGCUAGAUUUCACUCACGCGGUUUUCAAUGAGACACUCCGCCUGGCAAAUGGGGCUCAAGGAGUGAUGAGAAAGGCACUCAAGGACGUGGAAUUCCGAGGCUAUGUGAUCCCAAAAGGCUGGACAGUUCUUCCUUAUUUUCUCAACAUUCACUUCGAUGAGAAGAUGUUUCCACAGCCCACCAAGUUCCACCCCUGGCGCUGGUUAGAGAAAAGCAUUCCAUCAUCGUAUGUGCUGCCGUUUGGAGGAGGAGCGAGACUUUGCCCGGGACAAGAACUGGCCAAAGUACAAACUGCAGUGUUUCUUCAUCACUUUGUGACUCAAUUCAGAUGGGAAGCGGAGCCAGAGAAAGUGAUCAACUUCCCAAAGAUCAGCACCAAGAACCAUUUACCAGUGGUGUUACACGAUCUAUAGACACUCAAGACAGCUUCUCCAUCUCUAGAGUUACUACAUGAAGUUCCUUGGCGUUCAAAUUCUGCUUCUUGCAAAGAUCGAACUCAUCAAUUAAUAGUUCGUGUCUGUGGAUUCACAAGCAGCAAAAGAAAAAAGGAAGCUACAACUUUAAGUCA